CUGAACACGUAGGACGCUCCUCCAAAAUGGGGAAAUUUGGACUACAAUUUAAAGCCACGUUAGAAAAUGUUACAAACGUGAGGCCAGAGGGAGAUGAUUUCCGCUGGUAUUUAAAGCUCAAAUGUGGAAACUGUGGCGAGGUUUCAGAUAAAUGGCAGUAUAUCACCCUCCUGGACAGUGCCCCACUGAAGGGUGGAAGGGGAAGUGCCAGUAUGGUUCAGAAGUGCAAACUGUGCUCACGGGAAAAUUCAAUAGAUAUCCUGAGGGACACCAUCACACCAUACAAUGCAGAGGACAGUGAAAGGUUCAAGACCAUGGUGCAGUUUGAGUGUCGAGGACUGGAACCCGUGGACUUUCAGGCACAGGCUGGCUUUGCUGCCCAGGGAGCGGAGUCGGGAACACCUUUCAGUGAGAUCAAUCUACAGGAAAAUGACUGGACUGACUACGAUGAGAAGGUCAGUGAGUCUGUGGGCAUCUAUGAAGUCACACACCAGUUCAUCAAGUGUUGACAUCACAUUCAUCAUCUGGAUAACAGGGCACAAAAACAGAACACUUAGGAUUCACAAAACAACCCUCAAAUCAGUACAACUGGCUGUAAAGUGCUGUUUCAAUGGUAAACGGGACAUUUGUUGAUUGGGUUAAGAACUCAAUCUUUUGACGGACGGACAGAGUGGAUUGAUAAUUCUGGUUUGCAACAGAAAUAAAAUGAAGAGAAAAUUGA